AUGGCUGGCUUUGCCACCCAACCGAUCGAGAAGAGGUGCCUCGAGGAUGAUGAUGAUUCCACCACGCAGCCCAGGUUCCAGCUAAAGAGAUCCAAACUCAUGGGUUGUUCUGAUACUAUAGCUUGUCCGAGCGAUAGUUCAAAUUGCGACACCGGCUACUGCAGCGAUAAGGGCGAUAGCCAAGGUAACGAUGCGGUCGAGCCUCAACCACUAUCCCAUCGUUCUCGCUCACCCACGAACCAACAAUUUGAGGACGAAACUUCGUCGAGCGGGGAAUCCGAAUCACCUAUGUCUUCUGCCUGCUCUUCCUCGUCUUCUCCUUCCUCAUCAUCGUCCUCGUCUGGCGGCGAGUCGGACCCAGAGGACAGCGACAUCGCCGAUAGAUCUGGCGCUAGCGACAUCAUUUCAGUUGCACCUCGACCACCUCUCUUCAAACCCACCAUACGUCAAUUGAAUGGCUCCACGCUGCGAAGUCGACUGGCUUCCUUCCUCCCUGAACUGAAAGCCGCAAACGAAGUCUUAGAAAAGAAGAUGGCUACCGAGAAUGCAGCUGGAGUGGAGCUUGAUUGUAGUGACGACAGUGAAGUAGAUGGCCAAUACAUUGAAAUGAACCUUGGUCUCGGUGUGCUCGAAGAGCAAGGGCAUGACGCUGACUCUGAUGCCGACACAUACAACGAAACUACCAUAUCAUACGAUGAAGAUGAAAGUACACAAUCCGCAAGCAUGCCACAUCCAAAACCACAACAGAACACGAGUGUAAUGAACGUCCUCAUGGGGAAUAAACCCGAAAAUCAACGACCAACCAUUGAAGAGGUUCCUCCUUGA